UCCAGCCUUCAGGUCCAUUGCAACUACUGAAAACUGCUUGGGCAGUACGUUUACAGGACGCUGUGUAUUACAGAAGGGAAUUUCCAUUUACAACUAUGCAAGCAAGUGAUCUGGUGACACACCUGCGCAUCCCAGAACUUUGGGAGGUCCGGCAGUUCGUUCGCUCUCUUCCACCAUCCGCUCUAAUAGGCAUUGGCACCAUUGCAGCACUUAUGGCAUAUUGGUAUGCCACAAGACCCAAGCCACAGAAACCCCCAUGUGACCUGACUAUGCAGUCCGUUGAAGUGGAGAGUGCUGAACUUGCUCGGAAAAGUGUACUACUUAAACAGAGAGAUAUGAUAACUUCGUACUAUGUGGAUGUAAAAACGUUGUAUGAUGUGAUGAAAAGGGGUUUGAUUGUAUCAAGUAAUGGUCCUUGUUUGGGGUCCAGGAGUCCAAAUCAGCCUUACCAAUGGAUAUCCUACCAAGAAGUUAUAUCCAGAGCAGAACAUGUGGGUUCAGGGUUAUUCACACGAGGGUACAGACCAGGGAAUAAUCAAUUUAUAGGAAUAUUUGCACAAAACAGACCAGAAUGGGUUAUUAUUGAACAGGCCUGUUAUACCUACUCCAUGGUGGUGGUGCCAUUAUAUGAUACAUUGGGAGAUGAAGCCAUUUCCUACAUCUUAAACAAAGCGGAUAUUGCAGUUGUAUUCUGUGACACACCAGCCAGAGCAGAAGCUGUAUUAUACAGUGUGGAAAGUAAGCAAACACCAGACAUUAAGAUCAUCAUUAUCAUGGAUCCUUUUGGAACUGAGCUGAAGCAAAGAGGAAUUCAGAGUGGAGUUGAAGUUGUAUCCUUGAAGACAAUAGAGUUUGCUGGAAGAGACCAGAAAUGGAAACCAAAACCACCACGACCUGGUGACUUGGCUGUUAUUUGUUUCACAAGUGGAACCACAGGAAAUCCUAAAGGAGCAAUGCUGACGCAUAGAAACAUCAUAUCUAAUUUCUCUGCAUUUGUGCAAGUCACAGAGGGACAAUGGGUGGCAUCACCCUCUGACAUACAUAUUUCCUAUUUACCACUUGCACACAUGUUUGAACGUUUGGUGCAGAUUGUGGUUCUAUGCCAUGGUGCACGAAUUGGCUUCUUUCAGGGAGACAUCAGACUGCUAAUGGAUGACAUCAAAGUUUUGCGGCCAACUAUUUUUCCUGUUGUUCCCCGUCUGCUGAAUAGGAUGUAUGAUAAGAUCCACAGCCAGGCCAGCAGCUUUAUAAAAAGGUGGAUAUUGCAAUUUGCAACUUGGAGAAAAACAGCAGAGCUUCGAAAAGGCAUAAUGCGACGCAACAGCAUAUGGGAUACAUUGGUCUUCCGUAAAAUACAGGACAGUCUUGGAGGCCGGGUAAGAUUAAUGGUAACUGGUGCGGCUCCCGUGUCUGAGACCGUGCUUACCUUCAUCAGGGCUGCUGUAGGUUGCCAGUUUUAUGAGGGAUACGGACAAACUGAGUGCACAGCAGGCUGUUCAAUGACCAUUCCUGGAGAUUGGUCAGCAGGACAUGUUGGAGCUCCAAUGCCUUGUAAUCUGAUUAAACUUGUUGAUGUAGAAGAAAUGAACUAUUUUGCAAGAGAAGGGGAGGGUGAGAUUUGUGUAAAAGGGACAAAUGUUUUCCGUGGUUACUUAAAAGACCCCGAGAAAACAGCAGAAGCUCUGGAUAACCAUGGCUGGUUGCACACAGGGGAUAUAGGAAAGUGGCUGCCAAAUGGCACUCUGAAGAUAAUCGACCGAAAGAAACACAUCUUCAAACUGGCACAGGGCGAGUACAUUGCACCAGAGAAAAUUGAGAACAUCUACGUGCGAAGUGAGCCUGUGGUUCAGGUGUUUGUCCAUGGUGACAGUCUGCAGGCCUUUCUGGUGGGAAUUGUAGUUCCUGAUCCUGAAGUGUUACCUGCAUGGGCACAAAGGAGAAAUAUUACAGGGACAUUUGAGGAAUUGUGUAAAAACAAGGUUUUAAAAGAUGCUAUUUUAGCAGAUUUAACACGAAUUGGAAAGGAAGCUGGACUCAAGUCAUUUGAGCAAGUGAAAGAUAUCGUUCUGUAUCCUGAGAUGUUUACUGUUCAAAAUGGCCUUCUGACUCCAACGUUCAAGGCAAAGAGGGCACAGCUGAAAAUUUUCUUUAGUUCACAAAUUGCUGAACUUUACAAAAACAUCACUGUAUAAACAAACACAUUUUUUGAAGCAAAUUUAAUUAAUGGCCUUGUUGAUUUAGUAAUGGUAAACUGUUAACAGAUGCUUUGCAAUGAUCUCCGACAAGAGUAUAUAUAAAAUAUAUUCAUAUUUUGUACAACAAGCCUUGUGAGCCAAAAAUAUCAGAGCAGAUCACUGUUUAAAUAUAUGGAUUUCCAAAAUGCCUUAUAUUGUAACAUUCAUCUCUAUCAUGGGGGAAUGGAAUAGCAAACUUGAAAUGAAAUGGAAGCACAAAUUAAGUUGCACAUGAGUGGAAGAUGUACAGUUGUCUCAAAUGCACUAUUGAAUAACAUUCUUUUUAUAUCAAUGUACACAGCAACUGUUGCACAAAUAUCUAAAAAUGAAAUGAAGAACAACACUAAAAGUUUUAACAAGAUUACAUUUUUAAUUUAUGAUAUCUCCCGAAGAUUUAAUAUUUGAUGUAUAAGGAAAAAAGGCUUGGCAUUGUAAAUGAUUUUUGUACACAGAACCAAAACAGAAUUUGCAAAAUUGUCAGUAAAACUAAAAUAAAAGUAUGUUUUAUGUAUUUCCGUUCAUCGUUCAGUUGUAUGCAUUGAUGACAGAAAAUUACUUGCUGUGCUUAAAUAAGGUAUAUAUUGUCACCUCGUGAAGAAUAUUAUGUGACCACCCCCAACUUCCAUUGCCCGCUGACUGGUACUUUGUGAUCCAGACAGCAGAACCUGUUUCUACAGUAUUUGUAGCCAGUUCUACUGUAGUUGGCAUCCUUUGCAUUCUCAACCAUCUUGCAAUCUUUGAGUGGAGGACUUGCAAAGAACAAUCAUAACUCAACUCCAGAAGUAAUUCUUCCAUCCAAUUUGGGAGCACGCAGUAUAUUGUGCUGCACUGGCGCACUCGGAGGUUUGAGAAUCAAGUCAUAUUAACUGAGGCUUGCUGACUGCAUAAUUAUUUUUCCAACAGAAAUUGGCCUUUAUUCAUGAAAGCUGAUACUUUCACAUUACUGGGAAAAGAAUCAAUGAAAUCCAAUUUUAACCUUAUGUACUUUGCUAUAAGCUGGAAGAGCCUGCUUUAGUAAAUGCAGAUUACUUUUUAUGUAUUCUUGUGCCUUCAAAAUGGGUUAAAAACUAUGCAUAUGUGUUCUGAAGUCAAAUAAUGAGUGUUCAUUAAUAUUUUAUCAAUCCAGUACACCCCACCUUGGUAUACUUUUUUGUAAAUGAAACAAAGUGAUUAUAUAAGGGAGCAAAUGGUAUACAUAGGAUUGAUACUUGGUGAAUGCAUGGUGUUCAUGGACCAUGAUGACUUAGAUUUGUCUUAUUGAAUCAUCCAUUAUUAUAUAAUAAAUAUAUUAAUAAUAAA